AUGGAUAACCUAUGGAGUCGCCGGACACACUCCAGCAAGCUUUCGCUCUCCACAGCCAGCGGUGGCAACAGUGACACUUCAUCCCAUUCCGCAAACGCAGCCACCCGCAAUGGCUCUUUCCCCAGGCGCCUGGGCGGUGACAGCUCAGCGCACGGCGGCAAGGCCCAGACUCCCUUCAACUCGGCCAUGACGCCCGGAGGCACCCUCAUGUCGCCGGGCGUCGGUGGCGCCAGCAGCGCCUUCGGCCUAGGUUCUGGCGCGUUCGCCUCAUUUGGGUCGGCCAAGACGCCCAAAUCACCAGGAAACCCGUUCGACGCCGCCAUGGGUCUCAGUCAAAAGACCCCUGGGUUGGAGAAGAACGCCAAGGAAGGUGGGCUGGGUGGGGGCAGCACGGGCGUCAAGGCGGCGACAGCCAAGGGCACAUCUUCGGCAACGGGAGGACCCUCACGGCACCCUCUGCGCACGCCGUGGGUAUUCUGGUUCCGGCCGCCCAUAAGCAAGGCGAACGGCUACAUCGAGUACGAAAAGACGCUGCACGCCAUGGCGGAGGUGAGCACGGUCGAGGAUUUUUUCGCCGUUUAUGCGCACCUCAAACGGCCUUCGACCCUUCCGUUGGUCUCGGAUUAUCACCUUUUUAAGAAGGAUAUUCGGCCGAUCUGGGAAGACAACGAGAACCGGGCGGGCGGAAAGUGGAUCGUGCGGCUCAAGAAGGGAGUGGCGGAUCGGUAUUGGGAGGACUUGCUGCUGGCUAUAGUGGGCGACCAGUUCACCGACGCCAGCGAGGAGGUCUGUGGUGCGGUGCUAAGCGUCAGGAAUGGUGAGGAUAUUUUGAGCGUCUGGGUCCGCAGGGAUGGCGGUAAGGUCGUUAAGAUCCGCGAAACCAUGAAGCGGAUCCUCGGCUUCCCUCCCGACACCAAGAUUGAGUGGAAGAGCCACGAAGGGUCCCUCCAACAACGUACUGCACUGGAUGAAGUGCGCCGCGAGAGGAACGCAGAGAAGCGUAAACAAAAUCAGCAGCAGCAACAGCAGUAUGGAAGUGGUCAAGGGGAUGAUCAAAAGCAGCAGCAGUCGCAAAGCCAACAACAGGGCAGCGGCGCGACUCAAUAG